CGUCAGCAGUAUCACACGUGCCCCGCUCUCCCUCCAUGUAAACGUGGCGAUGAGUCAAGAGCCGGACGCUCCCUUUCCGCAAGACACGCAGCAGCACCAUUCACACGUGUCCCGCUUCCCCCUCCCUCUAAAACCCAAAUUUGCUCUCCCUGAUGAACCCGGAUCUCCCCAAAUCGCCGAGUAAUGGCGAUCAUGACGGAGUAUGAGAGCCAAUACAGGCCACCACCGCCGGCGGCAGUGGAGCGCAUCAAGAUAUUCCUCCCGGAGAAGGUCCCCUCGGCCUCCCAAGUCCUGGUGGCGGUCACUCUCCUCGCCAUCGGCGGCAUCCUUCUCGCCCUCUCCGGCAUCACCCUCACCGGCACCGUUAUCGGGCUCGCCGUGGCGGCGCCGCUGUUCGUGCUCUUCAGCCCGGUGCUGGUACCGGCAGCGAUGGCGAUAGGGCUGGCGGUGACGGGAUUGGUGGCGUCGGGGGCGUUGGGGCUGACCGCGCUAGUGGCGCUGUCGUGGGUGGUAAGCUACAUGAGGGGGCGGCGGCGGAGGCCGGAGGGCAUGGAGCACGCGAAGCGGCGGAUGGCGGAGGCGGCGGGCCGUGUCGGGCAGCGGGCCAAGGGCGUCGGUCAGGGGAUCCAGGAGAAAGCCCAAGAGGUGGCCAGCACGUAAAACCUGGUCUUCUGCUGCUGCGGGCGGCGGCGGCGGCGGCCUGUUAAUUUGGGAUGGAAGUGUUGUUCUGUACAUGGGUGACAUUCUCGUUUAGUUCGCUUCAGUUCUUGGUCGGUCUUAUAGACUGUUCUGUGUCUGAUGUCAGUUCUGUUGUUAGAGAAAGCACCGCCCUACCACCAACGCCGAUGGAUUUCAAAUAUGGAUGGAGCUCUCAAACAUUUCUAAAUAAAGAAAUAAAGCUGCCUUUCCGAAGGUUGAUUAAUGGAUAAGAGUGAUUGCUGUCAACUUAUGUCCAUUGAUUUAUGAAUUUAUUUAUCGAUAACUAUAGAAUUUCAAUUGUAAAUUUGGCCCACUAAUUCCAAGUCCCCAAGGCUCUGUUAUCAAGAAUAAUAUUACUUACAUGAAUUAGAUUAUAUAUAUAUCUUGGAAGGAAACGUAACCAAAGGAAAACACUUGUAGUAUAAUUACAAAGGAAAAUUAGUCUUUAACAAGGGGAAAGACCAACUUAAGGGGGCAACAAAAAAAAAAAA